AUGGAGAGGACACUUACACUUGUAUCCUUUGUUAGCCUACUUAUCAUAUUUGCCUCAGUUGUUGAACAGGCAAGAGCAGGUAAAUGCAACGAGGUCGUAGGCCCUUGCAACGCCGGAUGUGACCAAAGAUGUAAGGCCAUGCACGGGCCAUCGUGUGAAAGCAAAUGUGAAGGUAUCCUUGGGAAUUUGUCGUGCACAUGCGUUUACGACUGUUCCCGAAAGAUUUGCAAUGGUGGCCUUGGCAAUUGCGGUGUAGCCUGUAAUAAUCAGUGUUGUGAUGCAAAAUGCGCACAAAGAUACAAUGGUGGACGUGGAUUUUGUAACACCCUUUUUGAAUUUAGUGUGUGCCAAUGCAAGUUCCCUUGCUAA